AUGACGGAAAAAUCGGACCGAGUGGAUCACCAGAGGCAGGUGGAAACCGCGAGGAAGGAUAUUCUGGUGAUUCUCGAAAGAAUUCAAGGGCAGGGGUUGAUCUCCAGGUGCACCAAGCUCUGGCGUGCCUCAUCAUUACUCUGUGCCCCCAGGAAGUUUCGACUGGCUGGCAGGCAUCUCCUGUGUCUGGGGCUUCUCUUCUACCUCAGUUAUUACCUCGCUGGGGAUUAUUUUCUCGCUCAUCAGCAUCAGAAGUGUCUAGUCGGGACUCCCAAUGUGUUUCAAAGGAUUUUCCGCCCCGCCGAGGACUGCUCCGUCUGUCAGGACGUUCAACAGGUUGAAAAACUCGCGGACGUUGAGCUCGAAGUUUUUGAAGAGCGUUACGCGUAUUCAGGACGACCCGUGGUGAUUACCGAUGCAACGAACGAUUGGUCCGCAAUGAAAGUUUUCUCAUUCGCCUUCUUCAAGUCGCUUUACGAAGAUCAAGACGCCAAUUGUCAGUUUUUUCCGUAUAAAACUGGCUUUCACAAUUUGCGGGAGGUUUUCAAUAUGACGGAGGAUCGAGCGACACUCAGGCCAGGAAGCCAGCCAUGGUAUGUUGGAUGGAGCAAUUGUGAUGAAAACAUCGGGACAGUACUCCGCCAACACUACCAUCGCCCUUACUUCCUUCCACCUCUGGCCGAGAGUGAGAAGACUGAUUGGAUUUUCAUGGGAAGUUCCGGUUACGGGGCCCCGAUGCACGUCGAUGAUGUAGAGCACGCGUCAUGGCAGGCGCAAAUACAGGGAUCGAAGUUAUGGAUUCUGGAACCACCCAGAGAGUGUCAUUACACGUGCACCCGAGUUGAAGUCAUUGUCAAUCCCGGAGAGAUAAUAAUUCUGGACACAAAUCGAUGGUACCACCAAACCCGAAUAAUUUCUGAGGAGCUAAGCAUAACAAUCGGCGCAGAAUACGACUAGAUCCCCUACACUAUCAGGAAAUUACUCUUUAAAUAUCCGGAAAAAAUUUAAUCAAAUUCUAUUAAUUCAAUGUGAUCCAACCCUACGAGAUUUUCAACGUUAAAAAUAUUCAUGUAAUAAUUUUCCUGAAUUGUCAACGUCCUGAAAACUCACGUAA